GCCGAGUCCUGCUCGGAGCAGAGGGCGCCGUCAGAACCCGGCAGGCCGGGCGGUUGGGCGGUGUAGAUCUGAGGGGCUUUUUCCCGCUCAGUGUGCUCAGGAAAAGCCAGGAACUUACUCGCCAUGUCAACUGAGAAGGCUGGGGAUAUUUUCCACAGAGCCCGGGGCAGGACCCUGGACGCAUUUUCCGCAGAAGAAGAAAGGGAAUGGAAAGGCCCAUUCUACUUCAUCCAGGGUGCUGACCCACAGUUUGGACUGAUGAAGGCCUGGUCCACAGGGGACUGUGACAACGGCGGUGAUGAGUGGGGGCAGGAGAUCCGUCUCACAGAGCAAGCUGUUGAGGCCAUCAACAAGCUGAACCCAAAACCCAAAUUCUUUGUUCUGUGUGGUGACCUCAUCCAUGCCAUGCCAGGGACAGCCUGGCGAAAGGAGCAGACUGAAGACCUGCAGCGAGUGCUCAGGGAAGUUGACAGGGACAUCCCACUGGUCUUCGUCAGUGGCAACCAUGACGUGGGCAACAUCCCCACAACGGAGACCGUCAUGGAGUUCUGCCGGACUUGGGGAGAUGACUAUUUCAGCUUCUGGGUCGGGGGUGUUCUGUUCCUGGUCCUCAACUCCCAAUUCUUCUACGAUGCGUCCAAGUGCCCUGCCCUGAAGCAAGCUCAGGAUCAGUGGCUGGAGCAACAGUUGCAUGCUGCAGGCCAGCAGAGGUGCCGGCACGCCAUCGUCUUCCAGCACAUCCCACUCUUCCUGCAGAGAAUCGACGAAGAUGACGACUACUUCAACCUCACCAAGUCCGUGCGCAAGGAGAUGGCCGACAAGUUCACCAGAGCAGGUAUCAAGGCUGUGUUUUCCGGCCACUACCACAGGAAUGCUGGGGGCGUCUACCAGAACCUCGACAUGGUGGUGUCGUCUGCCAUCGGAUGUCAGUUGGGCGAAGACACCCAUGGGCUCCGCGUCGUGGUGGUCACUGCUGAGGAAAUUGUUCAUCGAUACUACAGUUUAGACGAGCUGAGCGAGAAAGGAAUAGACAACGAUCUAAUGGAUUUGCUAAAGGAAAAAUAAUCGCCCUUUAUGAUCUGUUCACUUUUCACUUCCAUUAUUUUUAAUUUGCCAGAGAAAGCAGCUGAGUACAAUGUCUUAUUGAAAUAUAAACGUAGACCAAA